AGUGUGAGUAGAAUGAUUGCAGAGAUCAAAACACUUCAAAAAUGGCAGAAGAAGUGAAGAUCUUUAGGACAUGGUCAAGUCCAUUUGCUUUGAGAGUCAUUUGGGCACUAAAAUUGAAGGGAAUUGAGUACGAAACAAUAUAUGAAGACCUCUCCAGCAAGAGCCCUUUACUAGUGCAAUACAAUCCUGUCCACAAGAAAGUUCCUGUGCUUGUGCACAAUGGUAAAGCCAUUUCUGAAUCAUUAGUCAUUCUUGAAUAUAUGGAUGAGACAUGGAAACAAUAUCCAUUGUUGCCUCAAGAUCCUCAUGAGCGAGCCAGGGCUCGAUUCUGGGCUAAGUUUGGUGAUGACAAGGUCUUACAAUCAAUAUUCUAUGGCACCUUCUUGAAGCAAGGAAAGGAACUAGAAGAAGGAUUAGCUUCAGCAACAGAGAAUUUACAGUGCUUAGAAGAAGAACUAAAAGGAAAGAAAUUCUUUGGUGGAGACAAUAUUGGAGUAGUGGAUCUUGCACUGGGGUGGCUUGCUCAUUACAACAGUGUAUUUGAGGAGAUAAUUGGUCUUAAAAUCAUUGACCAAGAAAAAUUCCCACUUUUAUCAGAAUGGAAGCAAGCAUUUGCAAGUGUCCCAAUCAUUCAAGAAAACUGGCCGCCUCGAGACAAACUUGUAGCCAAGUUUGUUGCCACUAGACAGUCUAGGCUUGCAGAAGAAAACACCAAGUGAGCCACUUUAUAGUUAUGAGAUGCUUUUAAGGUAUUUUUGUAUUUAAAUAAUACCCUAAAUUCGAGUUGUAUCCUUUCUUUCUUUCUUUCUUUUUUUUCAUGCAAAUAAAAAAAAAAUUAAACAAA